UAUUUUUCGUGUUCUCAUCGCGACGCGGACUGAAUACCUCUAUCUUUUACUACUGAAGAAGAUUGUGUCAUCGGAACACAAAUGACUGGAGGUGGAACUAACAUGGCAUACCACGGUCUCAGUCAACAUGUCAAUUUCGAUGUGAUACCGGAUCCAGGUGAGCGUUUUCGAUUGGAAGAAUUGAUCGGCGAGGGUACUUAUGGUGAAGUGUACGCUGCUUACGAUAAAAAAACUGGCAACAAGGUAGCUAUCAAAAUACUGGAGAAUGUCGCUGAUAACAUCGAAGAGAUUGAAGAAGAAUAUUUGGUGUUAAGAGAUUUAAGUCAACAUCCAAAUAUUCCCAUUUUCCACGGUUUAUUUUUAAAGCGAGCGAAGCCUGGUCAGGAAGAAGAUCAAUUAUGGUUCGUGAUAGAGUUGUGCACUGGAGGUUCCGUAACCGACCUCGUACAGGGUCUCAAAAAACGUGGCAGUCGCCUAACGGAUGACCAGAUAGCUUAUAUCUUGAAGGAGACCGUCGAAGCUCUGAUCUUUCUGCACAGUAAUCAUUGCAUGCAUCGCGACGUGAAAGGUCAUAAUAUCCUUCUCACGGAAGAAGCGCGUGUCAAAUUGGUCGAUUUUGGUGUAUCUUCACAUCUGGCUGCGACUCUCGCCAGGAAAAACACAUCUGUCGGAACGCCAUAUUGGAUGGCACCGGAGGUAAUAGCUUGCGAGCAGCAAUUAGAUUCAUCGUACGAUUCGCGUUGCGAUGUCUGGUCGAUCGGCAUUACCGCUAUCGAGUUGGCUGAGGGUGAUCCUCCCUUAUCGGAAUUGCAUCCCAUGCGAGCACUAUUUCAAAUUCCGAGAAAUCCUCCCCCUUCCUUGAAAAAUCCGGAUAUAUAUUCGUCAGAACUGACGGAUUUUAUAGCUGAAUGCUUGGUGAAAGAUUUGGAGCAUCGGCCGUUUGCUAGUGAAUUGAGAGAGCACCCAUUAUUGACAAAGGUGGAACCAAUCAUAGGGAAAAUCAGAGAGCAAUUGAGAGAAGAGAUUCGUAGACAGAGAACAGAAGGUCGCGUUCACAGGCAGCCGGAAGUGACUACAAAACAUGGUAAAUUGAAGACGGACCGCAAGACGAGACCAGAGAAGAUGUACAUGGAUGAUCUGGCGGCUCUCGACAUGCUAUCGGAAGAGGCUAUUGUCGAUCAAUUACAGCACCGAUAUGAGCAAGCGCAGAUAUACACAUAUAUCGGGGAUAUACUGGUUGCUGUUAAUCCUUUCACUAAUCUAGGUUUAUACACCGGUAUCGAACAAAAACGGUACAAAGGACAAGCGAGAUCAGAUAAUCCCCCACACAUAUUUGCGGUUGCCGAUGCCGCGUAUCAAGCUCUACUUCAUCAACGUCAAAACCAAGCGAUAGUUAUCAGCGGCGAAUCAGGUGCCGGAAAGACGGAAAGCGCAAAUUUACUACUAAAACAGCUCGUCUAUCUCAGCAAGGCGCCGAAUCGUAACCUCGAGGAGAGAAUACUCCAAAUAAAUCCUAUAAUGGAAGCUUUCGGAAAUGCCACGACUGGUAUCAAUGCGAAUUCUUCCAGAUUCGGAAAGUAUCUAGAUUUAACAAUGACAAAAGGCGGAAAGGUGACUGGUGCGCGAAUUUCAGUAUAUCUGUUGGAACAAUCACGAGUGAUUGCUCAAGCUGAGGGUGAACGAAACUUUCAUAUUUUUUAUUAUAUGUACGAUGGCCUAGAAGCGGAUGACCGCCUCUCGGAAUAUUACCUCGAUCUUACACUUCGGAGAUAUCAUCGAUAUCUCACGCAUUACAGUCACACGUCGCAAACGCACAUUGACAAAUUCCAGCAGCUCAAAAUGGGUUUCAAGGUACUCGGAUUUCAGGAUAGCGAGGUAGACACGGUGUAUCGGGUUUUAGCCGCUAUCCUCCAUCUAGGUGACAUUGAAUUUGCUGAAGUGGCGACACAAGACAACACCGACAAUAAAAGUAGAGUCAUCGACACUAUUCCAUUACAUAGAGUUUCAAAACUACUCGGCGUCGAACAGAACGAUCUCCUAGAUGCCUUGACAUCAAACUCGGUGAUGACCAGAGGCGAGACAAUUACGCGGAACAAUACGGUAGCCGAAGCUCGUGCAGCUCGCGACGCAAUGGCCAAAGGUCUCUAUGGCCGACUUUUCGAUUGGAUGGUCAACCAGAUCAAUUGUUUACUGUGCUUCAGCCGUUCACCGAAUUACGAGCCGCUAGCAAUCGGGCUGCUAGAUAUCUUUGGCUUCGAAAACUUUCCUAGAAAUUCAUUCGAACAGCUCUGCAUCAAUAUAGCUAACGAACAGAUACAGUAUUAUUUCAACCAACAUAUCUUUACUUGGGAGCAACAGGAAUACAUGGCCGAGGGAAUACCCGUGGAUCUCGUCGAGUUUUCCGACAACAGACCGGUUCUCGAUAUGUUACUAAGCAAGCCCAUGGGACUCUUGGCGCUUCUCGAUGAAGAGAGUCGAUUUCCCAGAGCGACCAAUCGAUCUCUGAUCGAAAAAUUUCACAACAAUAUUAAAUCAAAAUUCUACGUACGCCCCAAAUCGGACGCGGUCUGUUUCGCGAUAUAUCAUUUCGCUGGUCGUGUGGUCUAUCAAGCCGAGGGAUUCCUCGAGAAGAACAGAAACUUCCUGCCACCCGAAGUCAUUCAACUGGUACGACAGUCGCAAUACGACAUGGUUCGUUUCCUGUUCCAAUGCCCGAUCACGAAAACCGGUAAUUUAUACUCGGCGCUGCAGGAGAAUGACUCGAGAAAAUCGCAGUCAAAUCAAAACACAAAGGAACGUUAUUCUAGUCGAGGUUUAGCAUCACAAUCGAGAGCUCAGCAGACGGUAGCGACAUACUUCCGGUAUUCUCUAAUGGAUCUGUUACAAAAAAUGGUGUCCGGUUCACCUCAGUUCGUUCGAUGUAUAAAACCAAACGAUUCGAAAAGUCCACGUUUCUUCGAUAAAGAAAAAGUUGUAAAACAAUUGAGGUAUACCGGUGUUCUCGAGACAAUACGUAUAAGACAAAAUGGAUUUUCCCAUAGGAUACCAUUCAACGAAUUUCUUAAGAGAUAUUGUUUUCUUGCUUUCGGCUAUGAUGAACGCGUAAUUGCCAAUCGAGAUAAUUGUCGACUUCUUCUGUUACGAUUAAAAAUGGAUGGAUGGGCGUUAGGCAAGACAAAGGUUUUUCUAAAAUACUACCACGUCGAAUUCCUCUCGAAACUAUAUGAGGAACAGUUGAGGAAGAUAAUUAUAGUCCAAGCAUGUGUUCGAAGAUGGCUUGCAAAAUUAAGAUUUAAGAAGCAAAAAUGGCAAUUUGCUGUAUCAGUGGUCACGUUACAACGCCAUAUUCGAGGAUGGUUAUCCCGAAAACAGACAGAACAAAUGUUGGCUGAAAAACGUGCUAAAGAGGAAAAUGAGGCACUUAAUUUUAUGAUGAAUGAGGUGAAACGUAGAGAGCAAGAAAACAUAGACAUAAAUAAUCGUGAAAAACGACAAAUGCGUAAAAAUUUAGAAAAAAACGUUGCCGCAACUGUCAUACAAAGUCACUUUCGAGGUUACACUAUUCGUAAACGGUUUGGAUACGAUCUAGAGGAGCGUUUUAAGAGGAUUUUAAAUAAUUAUGAUAAUAUAUAUGAUGGCCACAAAGCGCUGUUACGCGAAGGACUAAAGCACGAAGACGCAGCUCUUAUCGUUCAAAGAUGGUACAAAAAAGAAGAGAAACUAGUUAGAAAGAAACCAGCCAUGAAAGAUCCUGUACAUCCUAAACUACGACAAGCAGAUCUAAUUCAAUUUUCUCAAAAUGUACAUAUGAAGAACCAGGAGGUUCACAAAAAUCUUCGUCGGAACAAACCUGGUAUCAGAUUGAACGAUAUUGAGGAACCUCCGCUAGAUUACGUUCGUCCUGAAGGAUUUAAUAUGAUGCAGUCGAUAUUACAGUACCGCAGCGGAAUGCAGCCACAAGAGGAAGACAGUGUCAAAUACUAUCAGGAUCUGAAGGAAGAGAUGAGCAGGAGUCGGAAGAGCCAUAUUCUGGAAGUAAGUGCCGAAAGGAGAGAUCGUACAGUUCAGAGCGAUUUUGUAAUAGCACCAGAGCAACAUCUAUCAAACAUUUGGCACAAAGCCCUGCGACAUCCUUCCGAUCUUCGCAAAAACGAGAGCUCCAAGAAAAAUGUCAGUACAAGGGUUAAUAACCUCCGUAACGAAAACCUGCAAUCACACACGAGUGGACAAUAUACAACCGGUUCUCCGAAUAUCCACGAUCCACUUGGCCUACGAUUAACGAUCGAUGGCCGAUAUAAUGCCAUAAACGAACGUCAAAAUAUCUUUAAUGGACAGAAUCUUGUUAAUGACCACAAUUCCGUUAAUGAAUAUCACACAUCGAUCAACAAUCAUCAGACUCCCUGUAAAAUAAAUAACGGCAUUGCAAUGAGCCAGAUAAAAAUUUGGAAUACUGAACAAUCUGAGUUAAAUAAUAACGGUUUGAUAAAUAAUAAAUCCGAAAAGACAGAUCGAUCGAAUCAUAGGCAAAAUGGUUAUCCGAAAAAUCAUCAAAAUAAUAAUAUAGAUAAGAAUGAUCUCAAUCGAAUAGCGAACGGAAAAGUGAUAAAUCAAGAACAGUUUCAAAAUGAUACUUUCAAUAUUACAACUAACCUUAGGCAACUUCUAAGGCCAACGAUUAUUGAGAAGCGGCAAGAAAGUGCCAAGGCUGAAUACGAUACGGAAGACAUUAACGGACCUUACAAUUUUAGGCAAUUGCUAAGACCAACCGAGUAUCUCCCGACUGAAUCUUUAAGGAAAAGAAAAGGAGGAAUCGUUUCCAAUGGAGUGUCACUGCCGAAAGACAAGGUCCCGGAGAAACAUGUUAAAAGAAGAGCGCCAUUGGCACCGACACAAAACAAAUCGAUGAUCGCAAACAAGUGA